AGAACUGCCGAAUGGAUCGAAUGUAUUCUACUACCAGAAAUCAGAAAUCAGAAAUGCCAACAUCCAUGGAUCCAUGCGGGGCCGUUCAAGGUGGGCUCGACUACGCCGGUCACUCCCAACUUGUAAGACAUUCCAAGCUACCCAGCCUUAUUAUUUGAGAAUAGUACAAAGACCUAGAUGAAUCUAGUAGGGUCAUUGAUUCGCCGUGUUGCCCGCGGACGGACUCCUCCACCCACCUCCCCGUUUUUAGCCGUUUCAUAAGACCUUUGUCGAAUAUUAUAUAAUGCCUCCUGCCGUCACAGACUGUUGGCAGACUUGAUCUUGAUCCUUCUGUGUUUCACUUACCAACAUCUCAUCUUCAUCGACGACUAUAUAUAAAAGACUACGAAGGUUGUUCCAAGGCAACGCCUAAUAAUACACAACAUGCCGUCUAACGAAGCCCCGAGGAAGAUCCAGCUGGUGCGCAUCUCCCACGUGUACUAUAAAUACACGGACUUUCCCAAAGCUUUAGAGUUUAUACACGACUUUGGCUUCACCGAGGAGAAGAGGGUUUCGGACGAGAAGAUUUAUUUCCGCGGGUACGGAACCGAGCCGUGGGUGCUUUGUGCCAUCAAGGCGGACAAGGCCGAGUUUGGAGGCGUUGGCUUUGUUGUCGAAUCGGAAGAAGAUCUGCAGAUUGCGUCUGAGACACUGCCAAAGGCGACCAAGAUAUAUGAGCUCACCGAUGCUCCCGGUGGGGGCAAAGGUGUGACCUUCCACGAUCCCGUUGAUGGAUAUCCCAUGCACCUCGUGUGGGGCCAAACCCCCUCGGCGAUGUUGGAAAUCCCACUGCCUCACGAGCCAUUCAACUACCCUACCGAGAAGAACAGGCCUGCGGGCAAGUUCCAGCGAUUCCAGAAGCGGCCCGCCCCGGUUCACAAGCUAGGACACUUCGGCGUACGGACGACGAACUUUGCCGCUGCCCACGAGUUUUACUGCAAGCACUUUAACUUUAUAGCGAGUGACCUCAUCCACGAUAAAGAGAAGGUCGACCGAACGGUGUUCUACCGUCUCGACAGGGGGGAUGAAGAGGUCGACCAUCACGUGUUCUUCUUCGCCGAAGGCGGUACCUACCGGGUCCACCACUCGUCGUUCGAGACGCACGAUUUCGAUACCCAAGUCCUCGGCCACGAUUGGCUCCGUGAGAAGGGGUACAAGAACUGCUGGGGCGUUGGAAGACACGUCCUCGGCAGCCAGAUCUUUGACUACUGGUACGACCCCCAUGGCUUCAUCAUGGAGCACUACGUCGACGGCGACUUAGUCACUGCCGCCGAGCCCACACACCGCUCGAUGGCCGGCCCUGGAAGCCUGCACGUCUGGGGACCCGAGCUCCCCAGCGACUUCCUCACCCCGAGAUAAGGCCCCAUCCAACAUCUGGUGGUUGAGUCCUUGGAUUAAAACCCGGGAAGGGAGAGUCCGAAAUUGUCUUUCCAGCCUAUGUAGUAGCAAGUUCCCUGUUUUAUCUGUGUUAGUUUUAGUCUCCGAAAAUGCU